CUCAGAGAAGGGAGCAAGUCAACUUAUUCAGAGCCCUCAGCGCAUCAGCCUCCCAUUCAGAACAUUCUGCUUCUCUCUCUCCCUUUCCCAUCCUGCAGGCACCAACGCUAUUGGGGAAAGGACAUCAAUUUUCCUUCUCAAGGAGGUGGCUUUGGUGUGCCUGGACUUGGGCUUGCAAUACACAACAAGGAAACUAUUUUGCUAUCUAGGGGAAUUGGGAAUCAUUUUCCUUGGUACCAGCAGGAAAAAGUUUUCUACAGACAUGCCAUUGGAAAUGACUGUCCUACAACUGGGAUUCUGUCAAUAUUUCCUCGCGCAGCUGAGACUCAUGCAUGUGGCUUAUUCCGACAGAGGUGUAAGAGUGCUGUACAAGCUGGAAAGAAGAGGCAUAACAGAGCCCAGGGCAUAGCUGUGAACAUCCCAUCUACUGCUUAUAUGAUCUUAUAAGGCAUAUGCCAGGAGCUUCUGCUUCCAUAAAAGGCCUGGACAAUUUACAAAUUGUGUCCUUAUAAUUCUGAAUAAUAAAAAAACAGAAGAAAAUGAAAGUUACUACAUUAUAUUGGGUAUUGGCGUAUGAAGAGCAGGAUUGCACAUGCAGGGCUAUCCCGGUGGCAUAUGCUGAGUGGAGCCACAAUUCAAUGGCUAUGAGAUAAAUUUGUUCCAGUACACAGAGGCGGAUCUAGUACUACCACUACCCUAUACUGAUUAACUGAAAUAAACAAAAGAAGAGGCAACUCCAAUUCAAGCAAUGACUGAAGCCUAUUUUAAAUACCGAGGAAACCGAACUAUCUUUGUCCAGCAAUAUCCCACAGUGACAACAGAGGCAACCCCUACCACUACGGAUAAAUAUUCCACCUUGUACAUGUACGUGGGGUUAUUUCUCGGACUCCUAGCCGUGCUGCUUGUGUUGCUGUUCACAAUGCUUUUACGUAUCAAACAUGUCAUCUCACCCAUCACGCCUAAUACCGAGAGCACAGACAACAUGCCGCAGUUCACUGACCUGGAAAUGCAAGGCAGGCCACCCAGUACCUAAUGGGGUACGUGGGAAGAUGUGUUUUAUGGCAGACAAAUCCACAGAACUUAGAAGCAGUAAUAAGGCUUGAGCCUCUGCAAGUGAAGAACGUGCACUAGUAAAUCUGUGUUUUUUGCACAAAUAAAAGUUUAAAUCAAGGUUCGGAGUGCUGCUGCAGCAAUUAUUGUUGUCUGGCUUUGCUGCUACACACGUUUCCUAUAUAAGCAGUGCAUUUACUUUGCUUUAAUAAGAAGUACUUGCUCAGUGACAAUCUUUGACCAAUACAAAAUGUUACAUUUAAGAUGACACGCAGUGGGCCAUAUAGUGGUUUGCAUUUUCAGUUAUCCGAUUCAUGUUCCUCAGCACCAUAUCUUGUUACCAUAAAGAACAUAUGUUUUGUAUUUAGCUAUCAGUGUAUAAAUCAUGGGAUCAUUAGUCUUUCUUAUGGCAAAUGAUCUUAAGUUUUGCAGGACACUAGUGAUGAUGAUCUUAAAGGGCUAUACAUCUUCUACAUACUGUAUGAUGUCACUGUUCAAAAUGGAACAUGAAAUAGUACCACUGGUAGAAAUAUGCCGUGGCUGGGAUCAGAAGGUCUCCUGAACUGCGUAUAAUGCAAAUAUUCUGCCUUGCUUCUUGUUUUGUUCAUGAAUGGGACAUAUUACGCCUACUGUAGGCAUAGUUUCCAUGACAAUAAAAAAGCACACAUGCUGCAGUACACACCCUCUAUCUAUUAGUAAGAUCCACAGCAGAAAUGAACGCAAGACAGAUAAAUGCAUCGAGAAGAAGAUGUCAAAGACAUUAAAUCCUUGAUGGGAAAAAAACUCUGCCUCUCCCCCAUCCCACAUCAUAUUUCCUGCUCAUCUGAAUUAUGUGUCCAGUGGAUUGUUGGUGUAUUGCAUUGUGGUUAAAAGGUCAUUUUUCACAUGUGCACAGCGAAUAAUGGAACAGCAAUAAUGAGCUACUGUUAUAGUUUUGAUAUAAACCCCGAGCUUGUCAAAAUAAAAACUAUUUAAAAACA